AUGACAAAAUUUCGUAAAUUUCUUAUUCUAUUCGUAUUCGAUGCUAUUAUAUUCAUUAAUUUUUUAUCGAUAUUACGUAUUACAAUAGGUAUGAGUUUUAUUCCUCCCGAUGCUAAACAUAUAGUUGAAGCGCUUGGUGACAUUUCAAAGUUACCAAGAGAUAUGCAAAUGGCUGUAACAAAUAAACUUAAUGAAAGUUUUCAACCAGUACCGAAACCUAAUAGUGGUGAUUGGUUGGCAAAUCAUAAAGAAAAAGGACAAACUAUGAAAUCAUUUGAACGAACUAUAUCAAAAGCUAUUCCUCAUGCAACAGCUGCACCACUUGAUAUAAUUGUACAAUUCGCUCGUGUAUUUUUUUCUGGAUGUGAAGUUGAAUUAUUACCGACGAUUGAUUUUUCGAAAGAUAUGAAAUCAAGAAAUAAUUGUGGAACAAUACAAUAUCGAACAGAUGGCUUUUAUAAUUAUUUAUCUCAAACACGUCAUAAGCGUAAUUCAAGACGAGAACUUUUAUGUGUUGCUGUAACUAUGGCUGACAUUUAUCCUGAUGAAGAUUGGAAUUUUGUUUAUGGACAAGCAGACCUAAUAAAUGGUCUUGGUGUCUAUUCAUUUGCACGUCUUGAUCCAUUAUAUCUAGAAUCAUCAGAAUCAUUACUCACUACUCCAUUAACUGAUGAACAUCGGAUAAUAAUGCUCCGACGUUGUGUUAAAAUUCUUCUACAUGAACUAGGUCAUUUAUUUGGUUUAAAGCAUUGUAUCUAUUAUGUUUGUUUGAUGAAUGGUGCAAACCAUGAAAUUGAAAUGGAUCGACAGCCGUUAUAUCUAUGUCCUGUUUGUUUACGUAAACUUUAUUCGACAUUUAAUUUCAAUGUUCGAGCUGUAUAUGAACAAUUUGUCAAACUAUGUGAAACAUAUGGACUUGAAGAAGAACGUAUAUGGUAUCAAAAACGUCUAGAUUGUAUUUAA